CAACCAAAAUUUCGCAGGACAAGUAAGGACUCUUUACUACAGUAUUCUAAGCCAACGACAUGUCAUUUUCAUGAGUUUUCUUGUGAUAAACCGUCAACGGUCACAUAGCUAUGUAGAUUCUUCACUCUAUACAGGUAGCAGACAAAUAAUCAGAUAGAGAGCAAAUGAGUGGAGAAGGGAAGGUGGUGAGUGUAACUGGAGCAUCCGGUUACAUUGCUUCAUGGCUUGUCAAGUUGUUGCUUGAACGUGGGUACACAGUCAAAGCCUCAGUGCGUGACCCAAAUGAUGCAAAGAAAACUGAACACUUGCUUGCACUUGGUGGAGCUAAGGAAAGACUGCAGUUGUUCAAAGCAGACUUACUGGAUGAAGGAUCUUUUGAUCCUGUGGUUGAGGGAUGUGAAUGCGUUUUCCAUACUGCAUCCCCAUUUUAUUUCACUGUCAAUGAUCCUCAGGAAGAACUUGUUGACCCUGCAUUGAAGGGAACAGUUAAUGUUCUUAGGUCAUGCACUAAAAUUCCUUCUAUCAAAAGAGUUGUCAUAACAUCAUCCAUGGCAGCAGUUGUAUUCAAUGGGAAAUCUCUUGCACCCGAUGUAGUAGUUGAUGAGACAUGGUUUUCAGAUUCAGAUUUUUGUGAGAAAUCAAAGCUAUGGUACCAUCUUUCAAAAACAUUAGCAGAAGAAGCUGCUUGGAAGUUCACUAAAGAGAAUGGAAUUGACAUGAUCACUUUAAAUCCAGGGUUGGUGAUCGGCCCUCUCUUGCAGCCAACACUUAAUCAAAGUGCAGAGUCGGUUCUUGACCUUAUAAAUGGGGCAAAAAGCUAUCCAAAUACAACGUAUAGAUGGGUAGAUGUUAGAGAUGUUGCCAAUGCACAUAUCUAUGCCUUGGAGAAUCCUUCAGCUAACGGGCGAUACUGUUUAGUAGGGACUGUUAUACACUCUUCUGAGGCUGUGAAGAUUUUAAGCAAGCUUUACCCUGAUCUCACUAUUCCUAAACAGUGUGCAGAUGAUAAGCCUCCCAUGCCAAAAUAUCAGGUAUCCAAAGAGAGAGCAGCAAGUCUGGGUGUCAAGUAUACUCCUCUUGAGGCAAGUCUAAAGGAUACUAUCGAAAGCUUGAAGGAGAAGAACUUUGUUAGCUUCUGACUCUAAUUAUCUACUUGCAAGUCAGACAAAUGGAAGUAAAAUUCCACCCUAAAACUGAUUGUUAUUAAUCUUAUUUUUCACUAUUGUGAUUUGUCCUGGAGGUCUCCAUCCUGAAAUCUUUAGGAUGCAACCGGUGUAAAAAACAAUAAAAACAAAAGAAACUGAAGUCAGCAAAUAAGUUGAUUCCAAUA